AUGCUUCUCAUGUUAGAGAGAAAUGAUAAGCUUAAUAGUCCAGAUGAUUAUGAUCAGAUGGUACGUGCUGAAAUACCAAUUCCAAAUGAAGAGCCUGAAUUGUAUGGUGCCGUGUUAAGGCAUAUGAUACAUGGUCCAUGUGGAAUACACAAUUCACGAUCACCUUGUAUGAAACGUGGUAGUUGUAAACGAAAUUAUCCUAAGCCAUUUGCACCAACUACAGUUCAAGGAAAUGAUUCUUAUCCAGUCUAUCGUAGAAGAGACAAUCAUAAUCCAGUCCCAUUAGAUCAAAAUGCACGUAUAAUGGUGGAUAAUCGGUGGGUCAUUCCGUAUAACUCAUGGUUACUCCUCAGAUAUGAUUGUCAUAUUAAUGUUGAGAUUUGUUGCAGCAUUAAGAGUGUUAAGUAUCUGUACAAAUAUGUUUAUAAAGGUCCUGACCGAGUAGCUUUUGAAGUCCAUCCUGAACCUAUUCAAGAUGAAAUAAAGCAGUUUGUUGAUGCAAGAUGGGUUUGUGCACCUGAAGCUUUAUGGAGAAUAUUCAAAUUUGUAACUAAUCGACUUUAUCCAUCGGUGGAACGAUUACAAAUUCAUCUCCCUGAAGGACAAACUGUUCAUUUUUACCCUCACCAAAGAGUAUCAGAUAUUUUGGCAGAUGACACAAACUCGAUGACUAUGUUGAUAGAGUUUUUUACCAAGAAUACCACUUGCCCGGAAGCACGACGAUACUUAUACCGGGAGUUCCCUGAACGGUUCAGAUGGAGUCAAAGAGAUAAAGUCUGGAGUGAGAGGAUGAAUAACCAUAAAGUUAUUGGCCGAAUAUAUGCAGUUUCGCCAAAUGAGGGUGAAAAAUUCUACUUACGCAUCCUUCUUAAUCAUAGAGGUUGA